UGUUUCACACGUCACGCAACUGCUGAUCAAGAUUGACAUCCCUGGAUCAAUACUUGUAACGUUAACUAAAAAAAAACAGCCUUACAGGCUCAUCGCAAAAUUAAAUAUAAUUCGUCGCUGUUUCACGAUAAGGCAGGCAUAAGUUCUUUAGAAUUGACAAGAUGUGUUGCAUCAGCGUGACUUUAACAACGAGACUUAUUGGCCUGUUCGACUUGUCGGCCUCGAUCGUUGGAAUCUUUUUUUUGGCUCAAGAAUUUUUCAGUGACGAGCAACGAUUGAUCGACUUUAAUGACAUAAAAAUUUUUAUGGGACUCAGUUGGAGUAAAUCUUCGACACAUUUCGACCGAAAAUUGGACAAUACUUGGAUUUUUGGUUUGCUUCUGGCUUAUUCCACGCUUUACUUUUUCUGCAGUGCUGGACUUAUAUUAGCCACUUUUUCGAGAAAUAAGCAUCACGCUGUGCCUUGGUUAACGUUCGAAAUCAUCAGCUUCGGAAAUCAAGGAAGCGGUAUAAUCACACAUUUCCUUCGACCCCAAUGUGUCUGCGAUGUUGAAAUUUUUAAUUCUGAAAGCGUGUUAGCAGCAGGUUUCUAUUUGGUUCUGACCGCGUAUUUUUGGAUCGUCGUAUUCAUCGCUCGAAGUACAUGGGAAGAUGCCGAACUAUCCGAUACGGUCGUUUCAGUCUCAGAAACGGAAACCUCUCCCGUCGCUACGCAAAAAGUGAGUAUAAAUCCACCGAAGAGUCUAUCGCUUCAGGGACGAAUUCAAUCGUUGAAUUCUUUUCAAUUUCUGAAGACAACUCGAGGAUCCCCAAAAUAUUACAAACUUUGAAAUAACUUGCGUAUAAUUGUUGUAUGCAAGUGAGGUUCUCGACGAUAAUGUACUGAACUUUGUUAUUGAUUAUAUGUAUUUAAUACAGAUAAUUGAAUGGAAGAUUAAAACUGAUUGAAAAUAAAUAACUAGGUCAAAUGCAAUGCGUGAGACACGUGACAACGUGUAUUUCAGUUAAUAGAACUCUUCUGAUAUGCAUAUUAUAAUAUUGUAAGUGUAGACGUGAUGGAAUUGUUAAUAUAGUAUUUC